AUGCUCUCCAAAGCGCGUAUCAAGCGCCAUCUUCUGCCGAACUCCUCACGGGCCUACCUGCGCCGCUACAACGAGGAUUUCGCGCGGGAGACGGCGCCGGGCAUGCGGGUUCUCGAUGCCGGAGCCGGCGACCAGCCCUAUCGGGCCUUCUUCGCCGACUGCACGUACGAGAGCGCCGACUUCGAACAGGUCGACAAGCCCUACGCGAAGUCCACCUACGUCUGCGACCUCUGCGACAUUCCGGUCGAAGACGGGCGUUUCGACCGAGUGGUCUUCAAUCAGGUCUUGGAGCAUCUGCCGGACCCGCUCGCCGCGCUGCGAGAACUCGGCCGCACCCUGAAACCCGGCGGCAAGAUGAUCUGCACCUGCCCGCUGUUCUACGAGGAACACGAGGAGCCCUACGACUUCUACCGCUAUACCCAGUUCGCCCACCGUCACAUGUUCGAGAAGGCGGGCUUCGAGAUCGAUCGGUUGGAGUGGAUGGAGGGCUACUUCGGCACCGUGGCCUAUCAGUUUCAGGGCAUGGCCAGCGCCCUGCCUGCCAGUCCGACGCAUUACCUGCGCCGUCCCUGGUGGCCGGCUCUGGCCUGGCCACUGGUCGUGGCCGUGAAGGGCGCGGCCUUCCUGCUCGCCGGGCUGUUCUACCGGCUCGACACCGCCUGCAAGGUCACGACCGUCGGCUAUCCGAAGAACUACGUGGUGAUCGCGCGAAAGCGGACCGCCGAGGCAACGCCGGCGUGCCGCCAGGCAGAACCGCCGCGCCGCCGCCUGUCUUCCGAUUUCAAAUGGAUCCCGCAUGCAAUCGCAGCGGCGUUCGAAGCCGGUUUGUCGAUGCGGGGCUGCGCCGCGGACCGCACGCAGGCCUUAGAUAGGUCCUUGUCCAAUUCGAGGCAGGAACUCGCCGUGAUCAGAUCUCUUCUUCUCGCCACUGCCGUGUUGCUUGGAUGUGCCGGUACGGUCCAGGCCGAACCCGCGAUCCGGGUCGUCGUGGACGACUGGCCGCCCUUCGGCGGCGAGAGCCUGCCCGAGGGCGGCAUCUCCCUGGACGUCAUCACGACCGUGCUGGAGCGUGCGGGCUACGACGUCACCACCGAGAUCCUGCCCUUCGCGCGCAUCCUGAACGGCGCGCAAUCCGGUGUCUACGACGUCGUCGGCAACCUGUUCCUGGAGGAGGAUCUGCAAGCCUACCUCACCUACAGCGAUCCCUUCUACGAAACCGAGGUGCGUUUCGUUCGGCAGAAGGGACGCGACCAUAGCUUCACCGAUAUCGAGAGUUUGCGGCCCUACACGAUCGCGGUUGGAGAAGGGUAUCUCUACGAAGAAGACUUCGAUCAUGCGGACAGUCUCAAGAAGGUGGUCGUCACAACCACGAUUCAGGGUGUCCGCAUGGUCGCGAGCGGCCGUGUCGACCUCACCCUGGACAGCACGGACGUGAUCGACUACGCGAUCAGGACCGAGGACCCGGCGCUCGCGGGGCAGAUCGAGUACCUGCCCCGCGCCUUGACCGCCCAGCGCAUUCACAUGGCGGUCCGCAGCGACUUUCCCGGGCGCGACAGGCUGCUGGCCGACUUCAACAGAGUCCUUGCCGACAUGCGCGCCGAUGGUUCGCUCGACAGACUGCUCGCGAAGCACCGCAACUGA